ACACGCGUCUAAGCUGCCGCGGGGACUCGGCAGUGACUGGCGGAGCCUGCGAUUUCCACCAGCUGCUCGCCUGGAGCCCGUCUGCAGCCACCAUGUCGGGCAGGAACAACAACAAGCUGCCCAGCAACCUGCCGCAGUUACAGAACCUGAUCAAGCGGGACCCGCCGGCCUACAUCGAGGAGUUCCUCCAGCAGUAUAAUCACUAUAAAUCCAAUAUGGAGAUUUUCAAGUUACAGCCAAAUAAGCCCAGCAAAGAACUGGCAGAGCUGGUGAUGUUUAUGGCUCAGAUUGCCCACUGCUACCCGGAGCAUCUCAGUAGCUUCCCACAGGAGCUGAAGGAGCUGCUCUCCUACAACCACACCGUCCUGGACCCGGAUCUCCGCAUGACAUUUUGCAAAGCAUUGAUCUUGCUGAGAAAUAAAAAUCUCAUCAAUCCAUCAAGUUUGCUGGAGCUCUUCUUCGAGCUUCUGCGCUGCCACGACAAGCUCCUGCGGAAGACUCUGUACACACAUAUCGUGACCGACAUCAAGAACAUAAACGCCAAACACAAGAACAAUAAAGUGAAUGUGGUGCUGCAGAAUUUCAUGUACACCAUGCUGAGAGACAGCAACGCGACUGCAGCCAAGAUGUCGCUGGAUGUCAUGAUCGAGCUCUACAGAAGGAACAUCUGGAAUGAUGCUAAGACUGUCAAUGUUAUCACAACUGCCUGUUUCUCCAAGGUCACCAAGAUAUUAGUUGCUGCUUUGACGUUCUUCCUUGGGAAAGAUGAAGAAGAGAAACAGGACAGUGACUCGGAAUCCGAGGAUGAAGGACCCACGGCAAGAGACCUGCUGGUGCAGUAUGCCACGGGGAAGAAGGGCUCCAAAAACAAGAAGAAGUUGGAAAAGGCAAUGAAAGUGCUGAAGAAACAAAAGAAGAAGAAGAAACCAGAAGUGUUUAACUUUUCAGCUAUUCAUUUGAUUCAUGAUCCCCAAGACUUUGCGGAGAAGCUCCUGAAGCAGCUAGAGAGCUGUAAGGAGAGGUUUGAAGUGAAGAUGAUGCUCAUGAACCUCAUCUCCAGAUUGGUGGGGAUUCAUGAGCUUUUCCUCUUCAACUUCUACCCUUUUGUGCAAAGGUUUCUGCAGCCCCACCAGAGAGAAGUCACGAAGAUCCUUCUGUUUGCUGCACAAGCCUCUCAUCACCUGGUGCCACCAGAGAUCAUUCAGUCGCUGCUCAUGACGGUGGCCAACAAUUUUGUUACUGACAAGAACUCUGGGGAAGUCAUGACUGUAGGAAUCAAUGCUAUAAAGGAAAUAACAGCUCGAUGUCCUUUGGCCAUGACUGAAGAACUUCUCCAGGACCUGGCUCAGUACAAGACACACAAAGAUAAGAACGUAAUGAUGUCUGCCAGAACUUUGAUUCAUCUCUUCCGGACACUGAACCCUCAGAUGCUGCAGAAGAAGUUCCGGGGUAAACCUACUGAAGCCUCCAUUGAAGCGAGAAUACAAGAAUAUGGAGAGUUAGAUGCUAAAGAUUACAUUCCGGGAGCAGAGGUUCUAGAGAUUGAGAAAGAAGAGGAUACAGAAAGUGACCAAGAUGGAUGGGAGAGCGCCAGCCUCAGCGGGGAGGAGGAGGAUGGUGAGUGGGUUGAUGUGCACCACUCUUCUGACGAAGAGCAGCAGGAAAUUGCCAAGAAGCUGGACAGCAUGCCCAUGGAGGAACGGAAAGCCAAAGCUGCAGCCAUCAGCACAAGUCGGGUUUUAACACAGGAUGACUUCCAGAAAAUCCGCAUGGCUCAGAUGAAGAAGGAAAUGGAUGCUGCCCCCGGGAAAGCCCAGAAAAGGAAAUACAUAGAAAUCGACAAUGAGGAGGAGUCCAGGGGUGAGUUGCUGUCUCUUCGGGACAUUGAACGCCUUCAUAAAAAGCCCAAGUCUGACAAGGAGACAAGACUAGCAACCGCCAUGGCAGGAAGGACAGAUCGAAAGGAAUUUGUGAGGAAGAAAACCAAAAUAAAUCCAUUUUCCAGUUCCACAAAUAAAGAGAAGAAGAAACAGAAGAACUUUAUGAUGAUGCGAUACAGCCAGAAUGUCCGGUCAAAAACCAAGCGCUCCUUCCGGGAGAAGCAGCUAGCACUACGAGAUGCACUUUUGAAAAAGAGGAAAAGAAUGAAGUAGCAAUAGCAGCAAGUUACCGUUUCCUGCCAGCGCUGUGUGUAUCGACAUGCCGAAGAUUAGUAAAUAUUUGCUUACAUUAGAAGGACAAGAGACACUAUAUUUUGGAAACCACAGUAGCAGUUGUAGCAAUUUGGUAUUUUUAAUUUGGAGGUGGGGCUGGUGGGAUUGUGAAUGUAAAUAGUAGUGGUGUUAAGAUCUCCUUUCUAACUCAGAGCAAUAGAAGUGCCUACUAAUUGCUGCAUGCACAGCUGAGUGAGCGGAGCCCCACUGAGGGCAGGUGUAUAUGCCGUGUUUAUAGUGAGCUUGUAAGUAGUUCCUUGUGGCUGUUGGUCCAGAUUCCUGGAGUCGCUGGGCUCCUGGACUAACUGGGAUGGGAGUCAUACAUGCUCUGCAAACAGGACAGUGUUACAGGAGUAAGAGGUUCUUACUUGUAAAUAGGCUUGCCUGCUGAACAGGCUCCUGCUGUACAGACCGUGUCUUCUUCUUUCUUUUCAAUGUUAAGAAUUGGCUAAGACCCCAUUUUUAAAAUUGCCUUAAGUUUAAAUCAUGAUUUUGAAAUACUUAGCAGGGUGCGGAGGCACACACCCAUAAUCCCAACAUUCAGGAAGCUAAGGCAGAAGACUCAUGGUUUUAGAACCAGCUUGGAACAUACUGAGUUAGUUCAGGGGCAGCCAGGGCUCAUAGUGAAACCCCAACCAGAAACACGGGCCCUUUGAGCUUUCCGUUUGUGCGGCCUGUUUUCUGCCGUCUGUUGCUGGGGUUUGGUUGUCUGUAGCCUGCUCUCUCUGUUCUCUCCCGUCUGUUGCUGGGGUUUGGUUGUCUGUAGCCUGCUCUCUCUGUUCUCUCCCGUCUGUUGCUGGGGUUUGGUUGUCUGUAGCCUGCUCUCUCUGUUCUCUCCCGUCUGUUGCUGGGGUUUGGUUGUCUGUAGCCUGCUCUCUCUGUUCUCUGCUGUCGGUUGCUGUUGGGGUUUGUUUUUUGUUUUGCUCUGCUGGGGAUCAACCCCAGGUCCUGGUAUUUACCACUAAGUGGAUUCUCUGCCUCAGAGAAUUCCAGCCCCGAGUGCCUGCUCUGCACUGGUUUGAUCAGUUCCCUUCAUUCUCAGUCCAUUGUUUACCUUGUUCUCAACCAAAGCUACACGUUUUUAAUGUCAGAUGUGUGUGCAGUAGACAGUCACGCUUUAGUCCCGUGUGGGACACAGUGUGCGCGCAGGCUGCUGAAAUAGUCUGGUGCCUUUUGCUUCAGCCAUCUUAGGCAUUCCUCUAAUGAAAAAAUGUCUGUGCUUGGAUUGGAGGAAGGGCAGUUCUCCGCCCCUCAGGAUUGGAGGAAAGGGCAGUUCUCCGCCCCUCGGGAUUGGUAGCUUCUACUCUUGGCUUUCCCUUUCCCCUUUCAUUGUUCUGCUCGGUUGCUGAGCUCAACUUUGGUUUUCUUUUCCCCUGUCACUUUCCCCCCAUGGUGGCCUAGGUCCCUGGUAGGGGAUUGCCCCACAGCCUCACCCCAGCACAGCUUUGGAGGAAGUGUCCAGUACAGACUUCUGUCAGACCUGAAACAGCUCUCCACUUUUCUUCUCGUGUUCUUCGGACGUCUCCUUGUGCAUCGGCUCUGAAAUCAGCUGCAAGAGUCCAGCUGCAGCCGUGCUCUGUGACCUCUCAACUCCUCCUGCCCCACCUCCCAGCUGCUCACUACCAUGUCCACUUUCUGGGCUACUAGGGCUCAUACUCAGGCCUUGGCAUUUUAAAUCCAGAAUACCAGCUCAUUACCUCUAUGGCAUUAGCAGAUUUCACUGGUAAAGAAGCGCCGGACAAGACAGAGUCUCAGCUCUUCUCUGCCGCCUCCCUGUGCUAGCCAGGUGUCUCCUGUAGUGUGGAGGGUAUAGGUACAGCGCAUGCUCAAGCCUGAUUAACCCUGCCUGCCAAGGCUGUCUGUAAAUGUCACACCACCUACCUCUCUUGUAGUAAAUUGUGUUUUGGUGGCUCCCCCCCUUCCUUCUUUUUUCUUCUAAUAGUUAAGUUGCUGUGUUUAUUUUAACCGUCAAGUCCAGUGUCUAGACAGCUAGUUUAAAAUACAUGUCGACUGUCUACUGUGUACAAGCGCUGUUAGGUGGUUGUGGCUGCACAAACUGCAUUUGUGUUCCAUGAAGACAGCUGUGCUUUGUGACGAUUCAGUCACUUCGCAGUAGGCACACACUGAGCUAUAAUCCAUGUGCCCGGUGCCCGCCAUGGGCAGGGCAGCACUGCAGAAAACUUGUUCUUGAGUCCUGUGCUUAAGAUGUAAUAAUCUUGGUGUGAUUUUUAAAGGUUCUAGUUAAUGUAAAUUUUGGUUUUUUUAUAUUCUAAUUCAUUGAAAAUUUGUAAUAUAUAUAGAGUAUUACAUUGAAAUUCUAUUUUAACUAAAACAUUUGUUUUGAGUGUUCUUUUUAAUCCAUUUUAAGUAACAUAUUUUUAAAUAGUAUAUAGGCAAUGGUGCUGUCCCAUCCUCUCAUUAAUCCCUUCCCUGAUUUUUGGAGUGUGUUUUCUGAGAUUUAGGAAAGUUUAACCAGACAUGGUGGCAUAACCUAUAAUCCCAGUACUUGGGAGAAUGAUGAAGGGCAGGGAGUUGCUGUGAGUUUGAGGCCGGUCUGGCCUACUUAGCGAGAUAACAAAACACUGUCUCGGGGAAGGGGACAUGAAACGAAGAAGAAUAGAAAGAUCUGGACUACAAGAAGGAAGCUGGCAGCACCUGGAACGCUAGGGCCGGGCCGGGCUCUGGGCCCCUUUCCUGGUUGUUUUCACCUCUGUUUAAAGGUGCAGAGGGAAGCAGAGGCCACUGCUGCUUCUGCUGCAGGUGAAUCGCGUGCACAUAGAGCUCUAUGUAUUAAUUUUGCUUGUAUGUUUUAUUAGGCUAAAGUUAAAGUAUGAAAAGUAUUUGCUGUAUAAUCUGGUAUGUAUGUGGGAUAUUAUAAAAAACAUGCAGAAAAUGUGCCAAAUCUUGGGGGGGGGACGGGAUCUUGUGUAAGAUGUGUCUUUUACUUUCUGAGUCUUGCAUGGUGUAUGUGUUUACUUAUGGCAUUGUGUAAAAAACAAAGAGAGAUAUGGGAAUAAAGGUACAUGGAGGAUCAUUCUUGUGAAAUUUGUCUGUAACGAGGA